CUCUUUUGCCAUACGUGAGGCACGCGAGAAUGCAGAGUCCGUCAGUCCAUGUUCCUUUUUUCCAACCAUUUCAAUCCAGUCGUUUCGUCGCAUUGAGACCAUGACCCAACUUCAUCGCGACUCUAUUCACGCAACGUGUCGUUGUCGAAUCGAACAUCUCCUUCACCGUGACGAUCACUACAUCUUUAUCACCAGCGCUCGUCAACAUUCCGGCGGACACACAGGAAAAGCAUUUGUCGUCUAUCAGAUUCGCAUUGGUGGCAUGGAGACUUAUCGACGUUACAGCGAGUUCGAAGCUUUGCGGAACGCUUUGACCAGGCUCUACCCCGCUAUCAUUAUUCCGCCCAUCCCCGAAAAACACUCCAUAGUGGACUACUCGCUGCUCCAAACGAGGAUGAAAAAGGAUGCCGAUGUGGUAGAAAAACGCAAACGGAUGCUGCAGGCAUUUCUGAAUAGACUGGCCCGCCAUCCUGAGCUCGGUCACAAUCACACAUUUCAUCAAUUUCUCGACAGUGAUGUUGUUUGGGCAGAUAUUCUACGGUCACCGCCUCUUUCCGUACUUCCAAGGAACCCAUUACAAAUGGUCCUUCACAAACGUCCCGACGUGCCCAUCCAUGCGUACAAUGCGAUUCUGACCAAUCAACAUAUUCCUCUACCAACUAACAAGCAGGUCUCCUCGGCGCAAGCUCCGCAUAUCGACGCAUGGAAACAGACAGCUUUCCGCUCAGCAAGCUACAUGGGCCAUCAAGUCGACAAGAGUCAACGAAAACUCAUGCGACGCUUGGAAGAUUUAUCGCACGAUUAUGCGGAAUUGGGCGCCGUUUAUAACGGUUUGAGUUUGAACGAGAAAACCGGGGUGGCGGAGGUCAUGGACAAAGUGGGGCAAGCGAUGGACGCAUCUCGCCAUGAUAUAGAACACAUGGUGACUUGUCUGGAAGGCGAAGUCAUUGAACCGGUACAGGAACAGGCUCGAUUUGCGCAGGCCAUUCAGCACGUUUUGGAUUUUUAUCACAAAAAACAAGCACAAGCAGAUCUGAUUGAAAUGUGUCUUGCCAACAAACAAGCCGCGCUUGCCAGCUUGCUGAGAAUGGAGAAAAAGUCACAACAUUUGACUGGAUUCAUGACAGAACAAGUAUCCGCAUCGGUGGACCCCUGCAGCGAUGCGACCACAGCCCGUGAGUCUCUGAGUAUCGCGCCUCAACCUUCAGAAAGGGAGAUGGAGGAAGACCCUGCUGCGAUUGCCAAACGAUCUCCAGGGUAUUGGUCAAACGGUCCAUCGAGAAUGUGGAGUGCUGUGGGUCACACCCUUCAAGGGAUCGUUGACGCCGACCCUCAAGCCUUGCGACAUCAACAAUUGAAUAAAACCAAAGACGCCGUCUCCGUGAUAAGUGAAGCGAGAGAUAUUGUUCAGCAUGAUUUUUCAAGCAUAAAUUCAAGUCUAUCCGCCCAAUUGGGUCAAUUCCAGCAGGAUAAAGAACGCGAUUUGAGAGAUAUACUACUUGCGUUUGCCAAAAUCCAUGCUCGACACUGCCAAAAGGUAGGUCUAUGACAUAUACGGAGAAUGGUCUACAGUAAGCUUAUUAUACGUUGAUAGAAUCUGGAAUCAUGGCAAGAAACGCAAAUACAAGUGAAUA